AGUUUAUUUUAUGUUUUUAAAGUGAAAGAAGCUAAAAAUUUAUUUCUCAAUAUUUAUUUUCAUUUUGAUAUUAUUCAUUGUAAAACAUCGUAUAAAAGACCAUCAUGACGAAAGAGAUUGCUUACAUUUCAUACGGUCCUGAUUAUGGUGAACUACUGCCAACAGAGAUUCUUAUUAAAAUCUUCGAGUUCCUUCACCCGUCUGAUCGCUUCAACGCAAGCCAAAUAUGCAAACGGUUUCAAGAGGUCAGCGAACAUUACAAAUUCAUCAAUGAUUCGCAGCUUAAUUUCUCGAAAAUCACGUUCAGUCGACAUGAAGCUCCAGCCAAAGAUUUUCUACACAGCUUCAGAAGCUUUCCAAAUAUUUCCUUCACGGAUGUUGAAUUCAGUGAUUGUGAAGAGUUUUGGCAACGUCAUGGUGAAGCUGUUGAGACAUUAACAAUUAAUUCAUGCGACAUCACUGUGAGAAAGUUAAAAAUGAUUCUCAAGGAGACUCCGAAUCUCCAUUAUUUAGAAAUUCAAAAUUCACGUGAAUUAUUUAUGAGCGGAAGAUUAUUUGAGGAAAAUGAUUUGCUGCUUGAAAAUGUUACUUCACUGAGUCUACCAAACAAUCAGUAUUUGUCAGAUUGUCUGUUCUCGCGCAUCACAAGAAUUAUGCCAAAUUUAGCAGCUCUUGAUUUGAGUAGCAAUAAAAUUUCAUUUCACGGUGGUUUGUAUAAGAAAUUUUAUCCAAAUCACGACAACGGCGAUGAUAUUGGAAGCGAUAAUGUUUUCACCUUUCAUUUCAUCAAAAAAUUCAUCAAGAAUCGAGCUGAUAAAAUCAAAGAAUUGAAUUUUAAUUCAACACUUAUUGAUGGCAACACUCUUCAAUUGUUAUCGGAGAUCGAUGAAUUAAAUCUUUCAAAAUUACAUCUUCGACAAUGUGACCAGCUUACGAAUGAUGGAUUCACAAGUCUCAUCAGAGUUCAACCUCAACUGACUUCGUUAGAUUUAACGUUUUCAGUUCGUAUUACUGACUCAUCCGUCAUAGCUAUAAGUGAAACUUUGAAGGAUUUGAGAUUAUUGAAACUCCGGCGAUGUCGUUCAUUAACCGAUUUAUCGAUCAAAAUGUUAGCAGAUCUUCAAUUUCUUGAAGUUCUCGACAUUUCUGAAUGUGAGGCUUUAACAAGUGCUGCAAUAACUGAUGGAAUUGCUUUUAAAUCCAACGUCGUGUUGAAGGAACUUUAUUUAGCUGCACUCAACAUUGACGAGAAUGCAAUCACCAAAAUAACCGAAAACAUCCCAAAUCUUCGUGUCUUAGAUUUGAGCUUUUGUUUCAAUCAUGUUGAUGAUGUUUGCGUUCAAAUGAUAUUUAAAAAUCUUUUAUUUCUACGUGAACUUAAUUUAGAUUCAUGUGAGAGAAUAAGCGAUGAAGGACUGACAGGAAUGUCAAUGAAAGAGAAGCUUGAAGACUUUUGUAAGAAAGAAGAACAACAAGAGAAGGUUAAUGAAGAGAUGAAACAAGAACCGAUUGUUUCCGGUACCAUAAAUAAUCUUCCUGAACCAGCACAACGCACAAUCUUUAAGAUUUCACUUAGAACAAAAGCAGAAGAUGAAAUUGUCAGCGAUGCACUUCGAAAGAAAGCAAUGAUGCAAAUGGCUAUGGAAAUAAACACAAAUGAAGAAGAAAGCAGCAACUUUUCGAUCAAAAAACUUAAAGGUUUGAGAGUUCUAAAGCUUGGUAGUUGCAAUAAAAUUUCUGAUGUUUCUUUGAUUUACAACUUCAAACUGCCAGAAUUGAGGGAAAUUAAUUUAAGCAAAUGUCAGCAGAUUUCCUACGAUGGAGUCAAAGCUUUGGUUGAGAAUUGUCCAGGACUUGAAGUUGUCAACUUUUCUGAAUGUCACAAUAUCUCUGAUAAAUGCAUUGAACUCGUCGCUACUAAACUGCAGAGAUUAACUUCAUUGGAUAUAAGUCGAUGUUUCAAAUUAACUGAUUAUUCACUUGAUUAUAUCGCGUUGAACUGCAAACGAAUUAGAGAACUUAACGUUCAUGGAUGUCGUCAAAUGUCUGAUGAACCGCAUUUGAGAUUAAUUAAUGCGGUUUCAUUGAAAAAUAUUUCGUUUGCAAAACCUGGAUCCAAUGUUGAUUCAAGAGCUCCAAUUCCACCAUCAUUUCGAUUGGCAAGCAAUUCAAGAAACUCGUUUCCGUUGCCGCUUCCAUUUCGCUAUUAAGUGAUAAUCCUUCGAGCUGGAAUUGAGGGAAUUUUUAUGAAAAGCUUAUUCAAACUAAAUUAUACCAACUUUUCUUAUAAAUUAUUAUUAAAUAAAGAAACUAUUAAAUUAUUCAAUCAAGAA